AUGGAAGGGGACAACUGCGAGCACGGGCUUGCGAUUGACCCUGCUAUCGAUGUGGAGGAGGAACGGCUCGACAGCAGUCGCACGAUGCGUCGCAUAGUCGUCGCAGUGGACGGCAGCGACGGCAGCGACAUGGCCGUUCACUACGCGCUGCAGCGAAUCGCGGACCCGAUCACGGACCACCUCUUUCUCCUCCACGUCAAGACACCUCGCCACCUGCCAUCCGAUUCCUUGGCUGCGGCCGCGCCGACUUGCCUGCCGUCGUCGCCUCGCGCAUCGUCAUUCGCUCGACGAGGCAACACUAAGGACCAUACACCCACCACCGCGAACACCGCUCCACCCUCCAACGGUCGAUUCUCACGCAAGCGUCAACAUGAUGCCCUGAGGUUUUCUGUGUGGUCUUCCGCUGUUUCCGGGCCAACCGAAUCUUAUCAUGCCGACCGCGCGUCGUCCGCUUACCUCGGCGCCUCCACCGAUCGCGCCGCAGCUCUCCUCGCUUCGUGCUUUCUCGACGCCGCUGCCACCGCCGCAACUCCCGCCGCCGCUCCCGCCGCGCCGGCUGCUCUCACGCCGUGGCAGCUGCCGCGUGCUCCUAUCAGACGGCUCAGCGAAAGCGGCGCCGGCGUCGGCGGAGGCAAUGGCGCAGAGCCUCUGCGGCACGUGCGACGGCGGAGCGUGGACGGGUUGCGCAUGAGCGGAAGCUCCGCCUCCGCCGCACCGGAUUCGGCGGAAAUGCGCAAAGCGGCGGUCGCGGCGGCGCUGAUGCUGGAAAGCGCAUUUGAAUCGUCGGGAGGCGCAGCAGCAGCAGCAGCCGGGUGUUUAGAUAGCUCUGUUGCCGGGGUGGGUGAUCAUAAAACGAAAGCAGCGUCUGCAGCUUUGUGGAGUCGCGUGGAUGGAGAUUUAGAAGGCAGUGGUAGCGCCAACAGGCCUGAUAUGCCCCUCCCCGCUGUUCACUGCUUUCCUGGCGGUUUCGGUGCCGUGAAAAGCGGCGAGAAGCGCGCCGGCGCGACGAAUGCGGGCACGGGGAACGACGACUGGGCGAGAAGGUUUCGCGGGGCGGACGCGUACGGCGCCGCGGGUGGCGCGUGGUGCGGCGGAAGCGGCGGGAGCGGAGGGUCGGUGAGAGCGCAUGGGCGGAGAUUGGGACGACCGAUGAGGCAGCAGCAGCAGCAGCAGCAACACAUGGACGUGAAGGUGGCGCGCUGGUUGGAGCGGUUUGCGCGGGAGGCGGAGCAGAUGGGCGUCGCAUGCGACACUGCCGUGGUCGAGGCCAUGGACCCCUGUGAGGCUGUGCUGUGCCGUGUGCAUGCAGUGCGGGCUCACCUGCUCAUUCUCUCCGGCCAUCUUGCUGACUCGGCUGGUGGCGCUGCUGCCUUUGCUUCCGACCCCCACACCUUUCCUGCUCCUCCUGUCGCUGCUGCUGCCGCCACUGUUGCUGCUGCUAGCAGUAGUGUUUCUUCUGUUGGUGUUGGGGCAGGGGCCGGGGGAGUAGGGGUAUUGAGUGGUGUGCGAACCAGGGGGGGUAUGGAGCGGAUUGGUGUGCGGGGUGGAUUGGGAGUGGGAGUGCGUGGGGGUGGAGGUGUAGAGAGUGGGUGUCCUGUUCUGGUGGUGAGGCCGGGGGGGAGAGGGAGGAUCAGGGACCAUCGCAGUAGCUUGAUGGAGUUUUGA